CUAGUGAUGAAGAAACGAAGAUCUGAACUUGUGUUUUCAUGUUCUUUUUAAUUUCUUCGAGCAGGGUUUUAAGAUACACUCUUUCCACUACGCUGUGUUAUAAUAUCACAAGAGGCCAAGGAAUUACUCCAGAGAUCGGCAGCAAUGAUUCAGAGAAAAGCAACAACCAUUUCAUCGCAGGAUAACACUUCUGGAGAAGCUGGAAAAGAAGACUAUGCUUCGGAUGAAAUGUUGAAGAAGUCAUCCAAAGAAGUGGCUACUUCUCUUCAAGGAAGGUUGGACAGGUUGACUCCCCUGUCGACUACAUGCUGUAUAUAUAGAGUGCCACAGAAACUGCGGAAAGUAAAUAUGGAAGCCUACACGCCUAGAGUGGUCUCCAUCGGUCCCUUACAUCAUGGCGAAGAGCACUUGGUCGCCAUGGAAGAGCAUAAGCUCAGGUACCUCCAAAAUUUUCUUUCUAAAUCCAGCAAAACCUUAGAGGAGUGUGUUGAAAUUAUAUCCAGGGAGGAGAAAAGGGCCCGAGACUGUUACAUGGAGCGCAUAAACAUGAGCAGCAAAGAAUUUGUGGAGAUGAUUCUAGUGGAUGGUUGCUUCAUCAUUGAAGUGAUCUUGGGCCUUUGCAAUACUAUCGAACCAGGUGAUCGAAUAUACCACAAGCCAUGGUUGGUAGUUGAUGUGCGCCGCGACAUGACCUUGCUAGAAAACCAGCUUCCAUUCUUUCUUCUCCUCACUCUCUACAGCCUGCUGGCAGUGAUGCCCGUUCCAGGACACCAAAAUGACUACUACUCAUUCCUUCUCUUGUCUGUCAAAUUCUUCCAAUACCAGUUGCAAAUGCCAAAUUCCAGAAGUCAUGAAGAAACAAUUAAAAACUUGCAAAGAAGGCCUCUAGCUACCGACACCAUCAGACGAUUCAGACUUCAAAUUCAUGUUUCGAAUUGGACUCAAAAAAACGAACGCUUAUUUGAUAUCGACUAUAGAAGAAGUGAUGGUGUUCUGAAAAUCCCAAGGCUACGUCUGGGAGACAAGUGUGAAUCCUUGCUUCGAAACCUCAUUGCCUUUGAGCAGUGUCACUACCGAAAAGGCCGCUACAUUACCGACUACAUAUUCCUCAUGGAGCAACUUAUAAGCACGACUAAAGACGUUGAUGUACUUGUUAACAAGGGAAUUAUUGAUAACUGGCUGUGCGACAACGUUGCGGUUACGAAUCUGUUUAACAAUCUACUCAUUAAUACUCUGAUAGGGACUGAUUUCCAUCUUGCAGAUAUAACUAAAGGCCUAAAUGAAUACUGCGAUGGUCCAUGGAACAGGUGGAAGGCCGCAUUGAGACAUGACUAUUUCUGUUCACCAUGGAGAGGGGCGUCUACAAUUGCUGCAGUUAUACUCCUCCUACUCACUCUCAUACAAACCAUAUUUUCAGGCAUGUCUGUUAAGUAAUUACUUUUGCUGCUGAAUUAUCCAUCUGUGUAUACAUAUAUAUGAAAUGUACGUUGUUACACAGAUGAAUGUGUUUUACUACUAUUCAAUGUAUGGAUUAAAUAGACCAAUAUUUGUGGACGUUGUUCCCAUGUAAUUCAUGUUUUAUGAAA